AUUCUCCGACUUCCGACAUGAGUACGUUCAAAACAACUGGGAACUCUGAGAGAAAAAAAAUCUCCGAGUGGGAAAAUCGAUUUGAACGGUCAUCCAAUACGGAAAUCCAACUUUGGAACCCGGGCAUCUUUCUAUAUAUUCGACUUUCCGACCCUAAGAUCACUGACAUCAUGAUUUGACCGAGUUCCCCGUUGUUUUGAACGCGGCAAUAGAUCCCUAUGUCCUAUAAACAUGCUCACGUUCUUGAAUUUAUUUGAGGCCGUAUGUCAUACUGUGUGAACCAGCAGAGGGCGUAGUUCCCGUUCUCUAAAUUGUUUUUCCACCGCAUGACGCUCUCGAACAGCUGCUGAUUCCAAGAUGACGGAUCCUACAGCAUCGCCGGAGGAUCACUGGAACAAAAACGACGGGUCUUUCAGUGACAACGGAUUUGAUCCCAGUUUCUUUGCUGAGAAUGCAAGGAAGGAUACUGUGGUCUCCAGGGCUAACAGCAUUGGGUCCACAAGUGCCUCAUCAGUACCAAAUACAGAUGAUGAAGACAGUGACUACAGGCAUGAGACCACAUACAAGGAGUCCUACAAAGACCGGAGGAGACAGGCACACACACAGGCCGAGCAGAAACGACGGGAUGCUAUCAAGAAAGGUUAUGAUGAUCUCCAGUCCAUAGUGCCCACCUGCCAGCAGCAGUCUGAGUUUGCCGUGGGGACACAGAAGAUCAGCAAGGCCACAGUGCUGCAGAAAACUAUCGACUACAUCCAGUUUCUGCACAAGGAGAAGAAGAAGCAGGAGGAGGACAUGUCUAUGCUGAGAAAGGAAGUGAUGGCACUGAAGAUCAUGAAAACGAACUAUGAGCACAUAGUGAAGGCCCACCAGAACAACCCUCAGCAGGGGGAGGAGCAGGUGUCGGACCAUGUCAAGUUCAGCGUGUUUCAGAGCAUCAUGGACUCCCUGUUCCAGUCCUUCAGCAGGUCUGUGUCUGUGGCCAGCUUCCAGGAGCUGUCCGCCUGCGUCUUCAGCUGGAUCGAGGAGCACUGCAAGCCUCAGUCAUUGCGUGAGUUUGUGGUGGGAGUUCUCCGGCAGCUCAACAGCCAGCUGUAUUAAUGCAGCCAAGGUGUAAACUCAGGACAGGAAUCUCCCCUCAGGGAUGGAGCCGGGGCCUACCCUGGGUUCUCAGGGUCUGGUAGAGACCUCACAUAUCAGUCUAUCGUGUUCCCUCCUGGCCUGCAGUAUUUAAGUUGUUAACGCUUACUCAACUCACCACCAGUCUGCAGCAGGGUUGGGUGUUUCCUGUCUAGUCAGGUCAAAUCCAGCCCAGCAUUGUCUGUGGUUUUAGACAUCAGGGUUUUUUAUUGCGUUCCCUAAUGUUUACAUUCACCACAAAUCAGGGGUUGGAACCACUUUUUUUUAUUUUUUAUUGUUCCAUUCCAAACCUGUUUUUUGUUUUGUUCCAGUGUUCAAAUCAGCAUAAAGCUCUGAACGGGUCAAAUCAAAUCCAAGAGUUGUGAGUUAAAAUAUUCUAUUCAAACAAGUUGUGAUGGUAUGAGAAUUGUUAAAUGUUCAUCAUUGAUUGCUGUUGUGUCCAUGCUGUGACAGAAUCAAGCAUAUCUGUAAGUCUGUUACUGCAGCUUUUUGCCUUUUCAUCUUUAUUGGCAAAAAAAGAUACGGUAGAAUAGUGAUUCAUAAAUAGUUCUGUAUUAAAACAGAAUCUCUGGCCAGGAUUCAAUCAGAUUAGUGGUAAAUGCAUAGCUGAUCAUUACUUUUGUUUAGGUGGUGUUGGAGGUGUAACGGCGUUUUAUUAAAUGUAUUUAACUGACUUGCCUAGUUUAAUAAAAGUUAAGAACAAAUGAUUAUUUACGAUGAAGGUGUUAGAGCUGUCAAAUCUACAAGAAGCUCCUGGCGUUGCCAUUGGAUGCAGCACCAAGUCACAUUCGUAGAAAUCUCUUGCAGAAGUGUUACAAAUUAUAACAGUGAACUGUGAGAAAUCCCGAUGUAAUUUCUAUGUAGCCGACACUUUCUUGUUCUGAACUUGUAAGGUGGCUGGGAUAUAAGGACGGGUGUGGUUUCAUGACAACGACCACAAGAGCAGCCGCUUAACAAUUUGACAGCUUCAACAGUUACACCACCUAAACAAAAGCAAUGUGUUUGUCGGCUGAUGCAGGUUGCUGCAGAUCUGAUUGAAUCCUGGCCUCAAACAGUCAAUCAUGUAAAAAUGUAAUGUGAAGAAUUUGGUGAUUGAUUUUGACAAUGUGCUCAGGAGAACUUGUACCAAAUGUUUCAGGACCUUCUGGUAAACCUAACCGAUGUGAAUGUUUAAUCAGUGUAAUCACCAGACUUUAAAAAGGGAUUUUAUACGACAAGUCUUUGUGCUGGCAUCAAUAAAUCAGGUCUACUGUUACGUUUUUUUUGUUGCUGAUUUGGACAAGAAUUUGAUGAAAGUAUUUCAUAUGAAUGAUUUUUAAUUGCAAAAUAAACUAAAGUAUACACCUGCA